AUGUACCUAUCACAUUAAAUUACUCAGAUAACAAAAAAAAAAAAAACAGACAAAGCCCUAAAGAAGAUCGUAUACGUAAGAUGGAGAAACUUUGCAGAGAUGAUGAUUGGAUUGAGGAUGAGUCUUCAUUGACAACCCUAUCUCUUCUUUGCCAAGGCAACUUCAGUUACGUGUGUCUCAAGGAGGACUCCAAAUCUCGACUUUGCGCAAAGAAGGCAUCGCCGAUGCAUCACAAAAAGAUUCUCGAGAAGGAGCUCAGGAUCAUGCAUCGUUUCCGUGACCAUCCUCGCAUCGUCCAAGCCUCAAACAAGCUUCACCUUCACAUAAAAAGCAACAGACCCUCUGAAUGCUUCAUCAAUAACAGACCCUCUGAAUGCUUCAUCUAUAUGGAGUACGCGUCCAAAGGUAAUCUCAACAAGUUUAUAUAUGGUUUCCGCAGGAAAGAAGAAAAGAUACCUGAGACUUUGGUCAGUCGCACGGCUCGUAUGAUCCUAGAAGGACUUGAGGCUCUUCACUCCCAUGGUUACGUUCACUGCAAUCUCAAACCAUCCAACGUUCUCCUCUUUCCUUCCAAAACCCCUGGAGAGCCGUGGGAUCUUAAGCUUGCUGACUUCGGUUCAUCCAAGGAGCCUAAUACCGAUUAUGAUUCUAAGUACCUUGGUACGGCUAAGUACAUGCCAGAAGAGUCUUUUCGGCCAAACGGACUGAUCAUCGAUCCGGGCCUGGAUAUAUAUGCUCUCGGGUGUGUGGUUUAUGAGAUGCUUGGAGCUAUACCUAUCGAGGAGUACUUUGAAGAAUUUUACGAGUGGCAUUUGCGUCGAGUUAUCUCUCCGGAGGCUAGAGAUUUCUUGUGGCUGUGCCAGGACAUACAUUCACGCAGGCCCACCGCGGCAGAGCUCUUGAAGCAUCCUUUCAUUACACAAGAACUACUUCCAUCGCCAACCACCGAAGACAACAAGGAGAUAUCUAGGUCGUUGAUUCCAGGGGAAACAAAAGGCAAAGCUGCUUUCGCAAGAGUAUCUGCAGCUUACAUUGCCAAGACGAGGAAUGAAAUAAAAACAGAGAUGGGUAAAGGAAACACUCAAUUCUCUGAUAUCAUGAAGUCGCCCUCAAAGUGCAACGAUGCUAUUUCCUGAGUUGAGAAGGGAGAUUAACUCUUUACAGUCCGAGAAGACAUUUAGCUGUAGCAAACCGGUAGAUAGAGCAUCCGCCAAAGCUGAAUGUACAGCAAUUGUCUCUGCAAUAAGAGCAGAACCAACAAAGCUACGGGAGGCCUGAUUCUCCUUGAUCUUUACUUUGUUUGAAUCCUGCAAUAUCCAUCCCAACCCGCAAGACCCUGAGUCUGUCCAUGACCAUGCUGCAUCCACAAAGCAGUUUGUAAAUUCCGGGUUUGUGAGGGGCCGACGCCUGAGGUAAAUGAAGCUGAGCUUCCAUCCAACAACAUAUUCAUAUUUAGUGCAUGUAUGCAAAAUUCAAGUUUACUCUUAAAUGUCUCUCCAUUAAUUUAGAUUUGUUACUGUUGUUAGAUUAUCUAUGGAUAUCUCCUUCUAUUUUGUUAAGGUUACGUGUGAUUUUGUUGGGAAAAAAGUAACUGUGACUUUACAGAGGAAUUCUUUGUUGGGGUGUUGUGUUAUUACAUGACCAACUUUUGCUUGGAAUGAAAAACUCACUCAGUG